AGGAGCCACAGGACCAGGCUUCGGAGCAGCCUCAGCUCAGCAUGCAGAUGGAGGAUGCAGCCCGAGGGGCCCCCGGCCUGACCCGGCCAGCCCCGGUCAGCAUCAUCGGAGCUGAAGAUGAGGACUUUGAGAACGAGCUGGAGGCGCACCCGGAGGAGCGAAGCAUCGAGUUCCAGAGCCUGGAGCAGGUGAAGCGGCGCCCGGCCCACCUCAUGGCCUUCCUGCACCACGUGGCUUUGCAGUUUGAGCCGGGGCCCCUGCUGUGCUGCCUUCACGCGGACAUGCUGACCAUGCUGGGCUCCAAGGAGGCCAAGAAAGGCUUUCAGGACUUUUACCACAACUUCCUGGAGAAGACUGCGGUCCUGCGCGUGCCUGUGCCCUCCUCCGUGUCCUUCGAGCUUG